AUGUCCAACCCGCGACAGGCUUCAUCAGCCUCACAAACGCCACACCUCUCCCCCGCCGAACUCUCCUACCUGUACACCUCGUUAUCGCUCCCCAAAGGCCCAAUCCGCCCCGAUGGCCGCUCGCCUACACAAUUCCGUCCUUUGACCGCAGAAACCGACAUUCUCCCUGGAACCAAUGGUAGCGCGCGUAUUGGUUUCGCAGAUGGCACCCAGGCCAUCGUCGGCGUCAAGGCUGAGGUUGAGAAGACCGUUCUUGCAUCCGAUAUUCUGCAGCAGGAUGUCGAGAAUGACCUCCAAGCCCCAAGCGACCGGCGCGACGGAGCGGAGUCUACCCCAUCUGCCGCGGCAGGGGGCCACGGCUCAUGGGUGCAGAUGUCCAUUGAGAUUCCUGGGUUCCGAGACGACGAUGCGCUGCCAGUGUUCUUGUCGGAGAUGAUGCGCGAGUCGCUCGUCGGUUCGGUGACCGAUGCAGGGAAGGGCAGGGACACCGAGAUGGCCGGUGGGCUGAAGGGAAGGCUGGUUAUCAAUAAAAGGUGGCAUUGGCGUCUAUACAUCGACGUUCUCCUUCUCUCCCAACCACUUUCAUAUCCUCUUCCUCUCCUGUCAUUGACGACCCACCUUGCCCUUCUAUCGACCAAGCUCCCCAAGCUCAAAUCGCAGGGCGAAGAGGAUCCUUUCUUCGACGACGAUUGGGGCGUCGCAGAGCACCUCUACCCGCGCCCUUCACCCUCAGCCUCUGCGACGUCCUCACAGAUCCGGCCGCCGGUGACUCUCCUUGUUAUCUCUGUGGGGGACAACGUCAUCUUCGACCCCAACCGGGAAGAAAUCUCCGUUGCGGACGCUGUCCUAGCGAUCUCGAUCACACGCAAUAGCGAGGGACAAGGCUUGAAGCUUUUGUCUAUUCGCACCAUCGAUCCCCCCUCCCGGCUGACGCAGCCCGGGGUGCCGAACUCAGAGAAUCUAAGUACCAUGGCUGCUACUGGAAACUCUGACAACGCGGCCGCUGCAAAUCCGUCGGCUGGCCAAGAAGAGGUGCCGGGCGUCUGGAGACCUAGGCGAGGUGGAAUCAAACGCAGUGUCAUUACCGAGCUUACUCGCACAGUCUUGAAGAAGGGCGGAGUGGGUGAGGAGGUCCUUGAGGGCCUGGAGGGUGUUGAGGUCUAG